GUUUGCUGGUUUAAGCCAAUUUUCGACAGCCAUCAUAAACCUUGAGAUUACUUUAAUUUGACCCUUCAUAGUCCUAAAAGCCGCACUGCAUCUUUCCUUUUCAGCGGUCUUAGCUUUUCAGCAGAAAGGGAGAGAUGAAGGCCUGAGUUCAAUUGAAGAAGCUUAUCCAAGAAAUCUGUGUGAAAAGUUUCUCUUGAGGACUGGGAGGUUAGGUGAUCACACGGGAUAAGUAAGAAUGAAUCAAACAAAAAUUAAGAGAAAAAUUGGAAAGUACGAGGUUGGAAGGACAAUUGGUGAGGGAACAUUUGCGAAAGUUAAAUUUGCUAAAAAUUCCGAGACUGGGCAACCUGUGGCUCUCAAGAUCCUUGAUAAGGAUAAGGUUCUCAAGCACAAAAUAGCCGAACAGAUAAAGCGGGAAGUAGCGACAAUGAAGUUGAUAAAACAUCCCAAUGUUGUCCGCUUGUAUGAGGUGAUGGCGAGCAAGACGAAGAUAUUUAUUGUUUUGGAAUUCGUCACUGGGGGAGAGCUUUUUGAUGAUGGUUUGCUUCAUACUACCUGUGGAACUCCAAACUAUGUUGCUCCCGAGGUUCUAGAUGAUCAUGGCUAUGAUGGGGCAACUGCGGACUUGUGGUCGUGUGGAGUCAUACUCUUUGUAUUGCUUGCAGGUUACUUGCCAUUUGAUGAUUCUAAUCUCAUGAACCUAUAUAAUAAAAUCUCUUCUGCUGAAUUUACCUGCCCUCCUUGGAUAUCCUUCAAUGCCAGGAAGUUCAUUACUCGAAUCCUGAAUCCAAAUCCUGUGACUCGCAUUACAAUCCCAGAAAUUUUGAAGGACGAGUGGUUUAAGAAAGACUAUAAACCACCAGUAUUUGAUGAGAAAGAAGAUACGAAUCUGGACGAUGUGGAAGCUGUAUUUAAGAAUUCUGAGGAAUAUCUCGUGACAGAGAAAAAGGAGCAGCAGCCAGUAGCCAUGAAUGCAUUUGAGUUGAUUUCUAUGUCAAAAGGUCUCAACCUUGGGAAUCUUUUCGAGGCAGAACAGUUGCAGGAAUUUAAGAGGGAAACGAGGUUCUCGUCUACACGCCCUGCCAAUGAGAUAAUCAAUAAAAUUGAAGAAGCUGCAAAACCUCUCGGUUUUGAUGUUCACAAGAAGAAUUACAAGAUGAGGCUAGAAAAUGUAAAAGCCGGAAGAAAGGGAAACCUUAAUGUUGCCACCGAGGUUUUCCAAGUUGCCCCUUCUCUGCAUAUGGUUGAGGUGAGAAAGGCAAAGGGAGAUACUUUAGAAUUCCACAAGUUCUACAAAAACCUUUCGACUUGCCUUGAGGAUGUAGUUUGGAAAACCGAAGAGGACAUGCAAGAAACAGAGUAGAAACGUGUCUGCCAAAUGAAGAGAACGAGUUUCGACCUCCUUAUGGCGGUGUAUGAUCUCUAUUUCUUUGACAUUUCGGCUUCCAUUCAUGGGUAUUCCUUCUAUGAGGGAAUUGAGGUUUUGGCUGUAAAUGAAAACGUACAGUUCUUGAAGAGUUUUGGUGUGAAUUUUCAUCCUUGGCAAAUGCAAUCUCAACUGUAAAAUGGGACUUUGUGUGUAAUUUGAUUUUACUGAAAUGAUUUGUUCUUCUGAACAUAAAGUUGGAAUAGUCUCUAUGUAUUUCUGGUGUCGCGUUUAUUGUA